AUGCCGCCGAAGUUUGUUGAAGGAACGGCGCAUAUUUCUGCGAGUGAUAUCAAAGACUCGGCUGCUGCUGAGGCGGCUGCCGCUGGUCCCGAACAGGAGAUGAAGGCUGCCCUCUUUGACGAGGCGCAGCUCCUGUCAACCGGUGACAAGAAGGCUGCGGUCGAACUUACGAACCUCGUCAAGAUCGAAGGCCCCUCGGCCUUGCGUAAUCUCGGUAUUGAGGACGUAAUUAAGAAGGGCCUCAGUGACAAGAAGAACGUGCACGGCCGCGAAGGUGCGUGUAUGCUCGUCAUGACCCUCUUUGACGAGGGUGUUGGUCACGAGGUCGAGCCAUUCAUUAUGAACGGUGUAUUCGAGACGUUGGCUGAAGCUAUGGGUGACAAGGAAAAGACGGUCCGUCAGCGUGCAGAGGAUGCACUGCUCUUGGUCAUCCGCAACAUGUCGACAUGGGGUGUGCCCCAGGUGCUGCGUGCGCUGCUGCACCAGAUGCGCACAGCCGGCAAGUGGCAGGUGAAGACGGGUUGCAUUCGCUUGCUCGAAGAGCUGAUUCAGAUCUCGCCUGAGAUUGUUGCUCGUCUGAUGACCGACAUUAUUCCUGUGAUGGCCGAAGUCAUCUGGGACACGAAGAGUGAUGUGCAGAAGGCGUCGCGUGCUGCUUUGGAGAAGCUCUGUGCGCUCGUGUCAAACAAGGAUAUUGAGCGAUUCAUUCCUGCGCUGAUCCAGUCGCUGAUUCAUCCUGUUGAGGAGGUGCCAAAGACGAUCCAGCUCCUCUCUGCGACGACGUUCGUGCAAGAGGUCGACUCGCCGACACUGGCUCUCAUGACGCCACUGCUUUCGCGUGGUCUCACAGAGCGCCCAACUGCUACGAAGCGUAAGGUUGCUGUCAUUAUUGACAACAUGUCGAAGCUUGUCGACAACGAGCGCACUGUGCGACCAUUCCUGCCAAAACUGCUGCCCGGCUUGAUCAAGAUUGAGACAACUGUGUCAGACCCAGAGGCACGCAGUGUCGUUCAGCGUGCGAUCAAUACGCUCCGCCAGGUCGGCAAGGUCACGGGUGAUGGCUCGGACGUGAAGCCGAUCGAGGACGUCGAUUUGUCCAAGACCAUUGAGCUCGUGAACGAACAGCUGAAGAAGAACGGCCUUUCUGGCCCUGAUACGCUUGUGCACUACGUGGCACAGCUCGUCACAAACCUUGCCAACUUCCGCAUGUUUGAGCCAGAUGAGUGGGAGGGCACGCUCUCGCGGUACCUGAGCCUCUUCCGUCCUUCAAGCCAGGAGAAGUCGCACACUAUUGUGCAUGAAUUGCUCCGCAUGCUCGCCAAGAGCACCGGCGAGGAGGUUGAAGUGUUUGACGACGAGGAAGAGGGCGAGGACUUGUGUAACUGUCAGUUCUCGUUGGCCUAUGGUGCCAAGAUUUUGCUGAACACGGCAACGCUGCGUCUCAAGCGAGGCCACCGUUACGGUCUGUGUGGACGUAACGGUUCGGGUAAGUCGACGCUUAUGCGUGCUAUCCAGAAUGGUCAGGUCGAAGGUUUCCCAUCGCCUGAGGAGGUGCGUACGUGGUACGUGGAGCAUGACCUUGAUGGCUCCGAGGGCGACAUUUCGAUCAUCGACUUCAUCCAGUCUGACAAGCGCCUGAACGUUGACCGCGAGACUGCUGCCGCUACCCUCAAGGAGAUGGGCUUCGAUGAGCAACGUCAGGCCGGCCCUAUCACAGCCCUGUCGGGUGGUUGGAAGAUGAAGCUCGCCCUUGCGCGUGCCGUGCUGUUCAAGGCUGACAUCCUGUUGUUGGAUGAGCCGACGAACCACUUGGAUGUAAUUAACGUGGCGUGGAUCACAAACUACCUGAAGCAGACAAGUGCUACGUCGAUCAUUGUGUCUCACGAUUCCAAGUUCCUCAAUGACGUAUGUACGGACAUUCUGCACCUGAACCGCUUCAAGAUCAAGCGAUACCCAGGCAACCUGGAUGCCUUCGUGAAGCGUGUGCCGGAAGCACGUGCAUACGUGGAGCUGAACUCGGGCGAGGACUACUCGUUCAAGCUGCCAAACCCGCCGCUGCUGGAUGGUGUGAAGACGAAGGAGAAGUCGCUCGUGAAGAUGAGGGACGUCGUGUUCCAAUACCCGAACACCCCGGCUCCUCAGCUGCGUGGUGUCUCGAUGCAGCUGUCGCUGUCGUCGCGUGUGGCUGUGCUGGGUCCUAACGGUUCUGGCAAGUCGACUCUGGUCAAGCUCGUUGUUGGUGACACGGAGCCGAACGAGGGCGAACUGUGGAAGCACCCGAACUUGGUCAUUGGUUACGUUGCGCAGCACGCGUUCCAUCAUAUUGACCAGCACCUUGACAAGACGCCGCUAGAGUACAUGCUCUGGCGUUACCAGACUGGUGAGGACCUCGAGGAGCACAUGAAGGCGACCCGUCAGCUCACGCCUGAGGAAGAGGAGGCAAUGAAGCACGGUGCCAUCUACGAGCACGAGGGUGUGAAGCGUGUGAUUGAAGACAUUGUCGGCCGUAAGAAGUUGAAGAACUCGUUCCAGUACGAGGUGUCAUUCAAGAACAUGAGUUCGGCCGACAACCUGUGGCUGAGCCGUGACGAGCUGAUGCGCCGCGGUUUCGAAAAGAAGAUCAUGCAGGUCGACUCGCGUGAGGCGCAGAAGGCUGGUAUGCUUCGUCCUCUUGUGCGUCGCGAGAUUGAGAAGCACUUUGAAGACUUUGGUCUCGAGCGCGAGUUUACCUCGCACAACACCAUGCGUGGCCUUUCGGGUGGUCAGAAGGUCAAGGUUGUGCUGGGUGCUGCCACCUGGCGUAUGCCGCACAUCAUUGUGCUGGAUGAGCCGACGAACUUCUUGGACCGUGAGUCGCUCGCUGCGCUGAUUGCCGCCAUCCAGAGCUUCGAAGGUGGUGUUGCGAUCAUUACGCACUCGCAGGAGUUCUCGGAGGGUACCUGCAAGGAAAUCUGGCGUAUGCAGGACGGUACGCUGCACGCCUCAGGCCACAACUGGGUCGAAGGCCAGGGCUCUGGUGAGCGUAUCGACAAGAAGAAGAACGACGAGGAAGAAGUCAAGUACGAUGCUCUCGGUAACAAGAUCGUUGAGGAGAAGAAGAAGAAGAAGCUGACCUCGUCUGAGGCCCGUAAGGCCAAGAAGGACCGUAUGGCUCGCCGCAAGCGUGGUGAGGAAGUGUUCUCUGACGAGGAGCUUUAA